AAAAGUGUUCGUUUGGUGUUUGUGGAUAUUUUUUUUUUUUUUUUGGAGGGGCUACGAAUCAUCGAAGUUAAUCGAUGUUGAUAAAUGUUUCUAUAUGCAUGUUUUGUGUUGCGUGUCGAACGAUAGAAGAAAAGAAAUGUCUGGUGUUCGAAAUGCAUUCAAUUGUAGUUUUGUUGCUUGUCGUUCGAAUCUUCGAAAGUGUUGGCAUUUUAUUCUAUGCUAUAAGCCACAAUUAUUAUCAUCAUCAUCAACAACAACAAAUGAACAUCAAUAUCAAGUACUUUGUUUAGGUUUAUCUGGUUCUGGUAAAAGUACAUUAUUAGCACAAUUGGUUGGUGAACAGAUUGGUGUCGAUACAAUUGAACCAACAGAAGGUUUCAAUAUAAAAACAUUACCAUUAAAUGGUAUUAUGUUGAGUAUAAAAGAAUUAGGUGGCUCUGAACGUUUACAAACAUUUUGGUCAAAUUAUUAUGAAAAUAAACAUGCACUGCUGUUCAUAGUGAACAUUGCAUCCAAUGAAACAAUAAUGCAACAAUCAUUGGACACAUUACGUACCAUAUUAAUGAAUCCUGGUUUACGUGGCCGUCCAUGUAUGAUUAUCGGUACACAUAAAGAUCGACCAGAAGCACGUACUGAACAACAGAUUGAACAAUAUUUUCAACCAUUACUAAAUGGUCAUAAAUGGAAAAUUUUCUGCUGUUCAGCAUUGGAUCGUAAAUCCAUAAUGGAUGCAUUUGCAGCAUUAAUUGUAUUGAUUAAAAAUGUCUUUCCUUGAAACGAAACGAAAAAAAAACAUUCCAAAAUGAAAACAAAACAAAACAU